CUCUGAGCUGAACUGUGACGACAACACAGAAUCCAGUGAUAUUUCUCAGUGUAUGAAGAUUCAGCAGAUUUCAAUGAACCUUGUCUGGAUUUCUGUGUUUCUAGAGAACGGACAAGGAUUGAAAAGGUGAAUGUGCCACCUAGAGGGGCCAUCAUUGAAUUGCUCCUGUUAAAAAGUGGACUUUUUUGGAUUUUCACUCUUCAGACCUUAUCUCCUAGAGAACAGAACAGAUCUGGCGUAAAACAGAACAGCAGAAGUUCACAUCUUGUGAUAAGCUUAGACUAUUUUAGCCAGACCUAAAGAGAAAAUCUUUGGUUCAAGCCCUUGAAGAAGCGACAAAACCGGAUUGAGUCAAGCCUGAUUUGUUCCUUAGUCACUGUGUUGCAACAAAAUGUUAAAAAUCUUUAAGAGAUGUGCAGGGCAACCUGAAUCUUCUGUAAAUGAUGAAGCCACUCUUGUGGAAGGGGAAACAAACCCCCCAGAUGACACUUCACAUAUAGUUAUGGGUUUGUUAAAAUAUUUUAAAGGGUUUCAGUGCUUGCUUGAUACAAAAGAAGAGAUUGAAAUUAAAUGUGCCAUUGAAAAGAACCUUAAAUUCUGGAAAAUUGAAAAAAUCAAACAAGCUUGGGACAAAGCCAACAAAAUAACUGUUCCAUCUGAUAAAAAACACUGGUCUUAUGUGAUAAUGCUGCAGAUGAUGGCUCAUUUGCAAAAUAAGUGUGCAGGACAAGCUGCGCAGAAUUCUCGAACUGGUGAAUCGCACUCAUCUGAACACAAUCAAAUAGAAAGUAUAGGUGCAGAAUCAGGAGCUCAGCAUUCAACUUUUAAUGAAACUAAUGAAGUGUCUGAAAAUCCUUCAAAAGAGAAGCUUCAAAAAGACGAUGGAACAGGGGAAAUACGUUCAGAGGAAUCGAAUUCUGGAACCGUCUACAUAAAGAUCCCACUCUCUGAUCUGUCUGACGGUGAAUUGAAACAAGCAGCUCAUGUUGACUCUAACUAUAAAUUUAUUGAGGGAUAUCCUUCAAAUAGGCCUAAUACUGAAAUAAGGAGGAAAACACAUUAUGUCAUGUCAUACAACAAAGACACCAAUAAUGCUGAAUGGGUGUAUGAGAUACUGAACGAGAGUACUUUAACUGGAAAAGAUCUUCAACAAGGUCAUCAACAAGAUCUUCAACAAGGUCAUCAACAAGGUCAUCUUGCUGCCGCUGCCAAUCACAGCUGGUGCCAGGAAGCCUACAAUAGCACGUUUUGUUUCAGCAACAUUUCACCACAGUUAAAGAUAUUAAACAUGGGUCUCUGGAAGACCCUGGAGGAAAUGUGUCGAGAAAGAACAAAGACAAAAAACAAUGUCCACGUGUACACUGGAGCAGUGUGGACUGUACUAACAGAGGAUGGUUCAAAGAGUCAGAGGGAAAGAAAUCAGACCAAAGAAAGACACAGCCUUCAACAAAAGAAAUCAAAAAAUGCACCAAAAAAGAUAUCAAUAAAUGCAUCAAAAAAGAUAUCAAAAACUAAAUCAAAAAAGAUAUCAAUAAAUGCACCAAGAAAGGCAUCAUUUAAUGCAUCAAAAAAGAUAACAAAAAAAUAUAUAAAAAUGCCUCAAAAAAAAAAUAAAAAAAGUGAUGGUAGUUCAAAGACUGUGAAAAAAGUGCCAACUCAGUUCUUUAAGGUGAUAAUUGUUGAAAAGGAUGAUGGGACAGUAGAAAAGCCAGAAUGCUAUCUGCUUCCCAAUGAUUUAGCAAAACUUGUCGACUUCAAGGACCACAAUAAAAUUUACAACAGACAGAUUCUGUCCGAUCGUUGCAGGGUACAACGUGAACGUAUUGAGGAAUUAUCUGGGCUGAAGUUCACAGCAGAAACAUGCAGAAAUGGAGAGACUGACAGUAUAAAGACAGUGAAAUGGGAGGGAGAAGUAAAUACGGCCCAAAUAUCAGUCACUGGGGCGACAUUCUACUUCCUGUUUCUCAACACUACCACAGUGACAUCACAGUGGUCUCACAGUCGACAGCUUUACUUAUAUGACAAUAAAUCUCUGAAGAUCUCAGCAGAGGAUUAA